AGUGAUCACUCAGAGUUAGUUGUCUGAUCAAUUUGGCAAGGAAAGGCGAUUUGUAAGGUGUGAGCAAGUGAAGGAGUGAGUCAGCUCGACUUCUUGCAAACCUUAAGAUAAGGGAUUGUAGGCCUGGUGAGUCCAGGAAUAGCAAAUCUAAAUUUCAAACUCCCGGUCCAGGAGGAUUACAAGUCACUUUUAAGGGCGGGUUACAUGAAAAACUCUUCUUCAAAGCCCAUUGCAACUGUGAAUGGAUUACACAUCUAGGAUUUAGAAAGUGGUCGGUCCGUCACUCGUACAUCAACAGGCGGUUGUCUGUUACAGACGUGUUGGUGAGAUAGAGGAAGGGGGCAACACAGGGGGUAUAACAUUUCUUCUCUCGUAUCAUGUCCGCUUUGUACGAGAUUGGCCGGAUGACUCAAUCUGAUAAAUCUUGCCUCAGGAACAUCAUUUUACAAGCCAAGCAGCUAGUGUCCAUUCACGAGUCGAGACUACUGAACAUUUCCUGAACUUCGUAGAUUGUUUCCAAUGACAUCAGAGAACCCGCGCAAGACUGAGGGAUCAGAACCGGCCUUCUCCACCAACUUUUCGGUUAAAGUCUAGUUUGUUUAUUUAUCCAUGUGUUCUGCAGUGAAAUGAACAUGUUUGUCUCAAUAUUUUCCCCUUCGAUGAUGGAUCUAUCUGUUUUGUUAUUGAAAUAUGGAUUUUAUCCAAGUACGGAACAUGGGAAAUUCUGCUUGAUCCCCUUCGAAGGAGAUCGGACUGUGAUAAGAACAUUUAGCUUCGAAAACCUUUUAGCACAUAACUAAAAAACUUGAAGACUCCACAUUCAACUGGAUAACUGUAAGGAGUAAUAUUUGAACUCUGAAAAAUACCGGAAAAUUCAUACGUUUGGAUACUUGCAAAUUGUUUUUACUGAGUUGUUAUUUCCUACCAUAGGAGCCAAUCGCCAUUUCGGAUUAUAUAAAGCCCGCUUGAGAAUUUGGAUACUUCUUUAUGAUGCCCAUUAGUUGUCAAAUAUCAACUUUGUUCGGAAAUGGAUUUUGGGGAGCCUCUAACCAUAAAUCGACCGGGGAAAUUUACAUUAAUUACACUUUGUCUCUGUUUAUGAAAGUUCAACUAAACCACGGAAUCAUAGUGCACCAAUCGCCGCAUCAUGAGCAGACUGAAAAUGAAUAAUUUGCGUAGUGAAAGGAUCUAAAAACAAGUUCAUAGUGUGAUGUUAUUGUUUCGUCGUAACGACUGUCAAUACAAAAUUAUAUAUUGAUUGGAAAAUAAUUUUUCACUGCUUUAUACAAGAUCACAAGGAUUGGAGUGACAAUUCAUUUCCCAUUGUAGGCCAAAAGUUGGUAAACAAUAUUCAUUUCGGCGACGAUGUCUGUUCAGGGAUAUGCAAAUGAAAAGGCUAACUGUUUUGUAUGGGAUUAUUCAUGCUUUUAAUUAAAUCUCUACACACAAAGGAAAGGAUUAUCUCAAAUGGCUGAAUGUAACGAAAUAUACGGUAUAGGGGGUGAUGGCCCCAAGGGGUCGCCCGUUUCAGGGAGUUCCCGCGCUGUCUCGAAAUUAACUAUUGUGCUCGGAAAUAAUGGGAACCAAAAUUCGCAAGAUGCAGAAUAUCACACUGAAUAUCGUACCGAACGGCGAAUAGAAGAAACUUAUACGGAAUACUCAUCUUCAACUUUCCCAAGACGACAUGGGUCUGCGAAGAGUCAUAUGAGGAGGAGGGGUGAUGGUCCAGACACAGGUGCUUAUUCGUACGCCUUUCGGAGAGGUGAGUGUCGGCCUGUGCAUACCAAUAACAUAUCGGCCGUCGGAUCGUACGAGUCACGUGGCACGGACUCAGCUGAUUACGGUAAAAUUCAGUCGUCGUACACGCGAGUCGAAAACGGGACGGAAGUAAGAUUCGCUGUCUCGUCCGCCGAUCCCAAUGUUCGCCUCCGCAUUAUUCCCUCAUCCCAUCCACAAUCGCGGCAUGGACAUGGGAACAACAAUAUAGCUACAAUCACUCAUGUCAAUACAACAAACGAGCAGCCUUUAUCGGGAUCAUACCAAGAAUUGAAUAGGUGUAUUGACGAAACUGAAUUAAAAACCUCGUCUCGCACCACUGAUCGCUCCAAUGUGGGAUCGUAUGGGGGAGAUGAGCGACCCGCUGCACCAAACCCGAGGUACGAUAAUGAUGAUACAGGGAUUAGGGCGCAAGGUGUAUACAGUGGCGGUGUUUUUGUGAAACCAAGAUCGGAAUGUUUUGUUCUAAAAACUGCUCGACAAUUUGACAGUAAAAACGGAGCUGGAGGUGUGAAUGUUAACAGAACUGGGCCUUCAAUUAGUGAAGAUGCUAAAGGUGGGAGAUUUGUUUCGCAGCAGGAAAACCGUGAAAGAGCGUCGGUAGAGAGGAGUACCGGUAAUUACAUGGUUGAUGGACUCAAGUCAAACUCCAAAACAUCGUCGCUAACUUCGAACUCCCGACCUCACGUUCAGCAAAUCGUUCAGCAAUUAGAGGGGGAUAAUUCUGAAACGAUUAGGAAUCGAGGUAGGAGUUUUAGUUUUGUACGUCACCUCGGAACAAACGUGGAUUUGAGUGAACCUUGUGUGGAUAACAAACUAGGCAGGAAUAACAGGAGUGAGUCUGAAGACCCAGCACCACAUCAACCGUCAUCAUUAACAUUAUCCAAUGCCGGAGCCUGGGGCGGCAGGUACCCAGACAGCGUGGAUGCCAUGCAUAGCUCCCGCGCACCCAGCUGUGAGGGGCAGCGUACCGCUGGUUCAGACAUGUCAACCUCAACAUUUGCUGCAUCUAGUGACUCAGAUGCUGCAUCUGGUGAAAGAAACUAUUCUUCUAGUUUAUAUUUGCAGGGAAACCAGUUAAGAGAUGUGGGAGCAUCUCAACGCGGUGGGUUGUAUGUUCGAGAUGGAAAUAAAGCUGCCAGUGCACCGGCUACACCGUCUAAUGAACCAGGAUAUGAAUCGCCAGCUGAUGAACAUUAUGACAAGCAGACAUUGGGAGAUUUAACUUCACAAUCACAUGAUCGCUCUCAAAGAUAUAGAUCAGACUUUGAAAGGCAGAGGAAACAAGGUGGUAUUUUCUCAAGCUCUUUCCAAUCUGGUAAUGAUUCGCGAGAUUAUUCUUUUGGGGGAACUCAACAUGACUCCUCAAAUACUGCGCAUGCACACAGAACAAGAGUACUUAGUCCAAAUCGCAUUGGUGAAGGUGAAUCAGGAGCUAAGCCUCUUACCUCCCCUUCAAGUAAAACAUCACCCACACAUAAGCUGAAGCCCUUAGCAGUGCAGAAAGUCUCCAAGCGUUCACUACAGACUUUUGAUUUCAGCCCUAUCAGUUCUCGCUCGACCAGUCGCCGGUCAAGUGUGUCGAGCCAGAGCGGAAAUGAUUCAAAAGAUCUUCAGAAUCUAGCUAAGAAUCUCAGUGAGGCUGUAAGUAGACGUAGAACUGAAGGCAUGUCGUCAUCAUCUCACAGCUCACAAGGAUCAAACAAUGACUUGACAAGUGUUCAUAAUACUGGGAGUCAGGCAGAGGGAAAGCAUGUAAGGUCAGAAUCUAUGAGCCCUGUAUUCCCUAGUGAGCAGAACACAGGGCCCUCUCCAAAUCAACUAAAAACUCCUACAAGCCCAGCAGAUUCAACUUACCAAAAUAUGAGUGGAGAUACGGUGACUAUACGUAAGGAUUAUAGCAGUUUGAAAGUGCCUCGGCCCAAUGUGCUUGUUCCUUCUGGCUCACUUUCGCGUACAUCGCGGUGGGCGUCAGCAUCUUCAUCUCAUACAGAAAAACCAACAACUAAGGCUGUGAGUGCUCCCACAUCACCAGAUCAUUCAAGAAAUCUUCAAGAUCUGACUGCAAAACUGAUCAGGGACUCGCCUGCAAAGAGUCCAAAACACCCAACUGUCCAUCAUACUAAACAAGACUCUGGUCUUUGUUCACCUGAUGAGGAAGAUCAGGGAUGUGUAAUGGAUCUAGAUCAUGAAAAGGAACAAGAAAUUGAAGUCCAGCCUUCUCACUUUGGCAGGAAAAAAGGUAUAAAUCUUCCAGAAGUUCCUAAAAUAUUGUCAAAAUUCAAUAACCGUGAAGAUGCCUCCUUGAAUGAGGUUGCAUCUCCAACCAGUAUAGAGAAGUUCAGUUUGAAAGCUCAUUUGAAGCCUUUACGACCAAAACAAAAGACUAGCAUUAGUGAAGAUGAGGAUAGUUAUGCAGAGAAGGAAGAGAGGGAAGCAGAAAGUGGACAGUGGGCGAGGAGGAGAAAAAAGAAUUCUGCCUCUGCUUUUCCCUCGUCUGAAUUCUCAGGUGGAGGGGCGGAAGGCAAUGGGAGAUCUCGGAGUGAUCCGACACAGGAACGUAAGCGCGGAGGAGGAGAUAACUGUGAACCUACAGCACUGGAUGCAGAUAUGUUUGGAUCUCUUCAAUCUAGUGGUCAAGGUUUGCCCCCACUGACUGAUAUAGGAGAGGUGAAUCUUAGUGAAGACUCGCUGUCAAGUCAUAACACCUCUAUUAGUGAUGCAACAGCAGAUGCCAUGUUUAUCAAUGUCUGUCGGGAUGUCACAAGAGGAACUGAUGUUAUUAUCAAUGCAUCAAUUGAAAAUGAAGAGAAAAAUGGGAAGAUGAUCAAAAAGACCAAAUCUUUAACCUGGCCAAAUGGUGAUAAGACAACAAAUGAGUUGAGUCAGUACACACAAGGAAUACAAGAAUCAACGAGUGCUCCAGUAGUCUCUGAACGUCAGGAGGAUGUGGCUAAAGCUCAAGAGAUUAAUAGACGAUAUAGUCCAGGUCAAGCUACGCAUCUGUCUUCAGAGUCUGAAGAUAGUGUUUCCAACCAGCCACUGGGACGAAAUGGAGGAAACGUUACUCACGGAAAGCGGCACAGCAGUUUAUCAGAUCCGACAUCGGAAGUUCAAGCCAUCAAACAUGUUCGUGCUGCCAGUGAACCUGCGACAAUGCCAGUUGCUCCAAAGAAUGCAUCAAGUAAAAAUGCAGGAACACCACCACAGAUGCACGAGAGAACCAAAAGUGUCGGGGAGCAGCAGAAGCCCCGCCCAGCUCGUCGUCAGCCUAUUUUACCAGGACAACACUUUCUUAGACCGCAGAUGCUUAACAUUCACAUGUCUACACCGGACUUGUCGAAAGCUAAGACCCCGGAUUCUCCAUCCUUGGCACCAGGACCUAAGGCAGGAUCCUGUGCAACUCUACCACGUGCUACAUCAGACAAGAAAGGAGGAGAGCUCUCGCCUGCAUCUAGGAGGAGACAAAAACAACAGGUAAGAACAAAUACCCUGUACCAAUACACCCUUUAUUAUUCAGUAUUCUAAUAACCAAAUGAAUAUGUACCAUAUAAAAUAUUAUUAAAGCAAACGGGUUUGUUGAAAAUGAAAGAAAAGGAGGAGUACAUGUAGGCCUAAUUGUUAUUGAUACAGGAAGAUGUGGGAGCUUUUGUUUUAUUUUAAAUUCAGAAUCAUUUAAUGAUAAUAAUGAUAUAUUCAUUUUAUGAUGCAUAUGAUUUGUUUCACUUGAUUCUGAUGAAUCUGAAUAUUUGACUGUUAAUUGAAACUCUGGCCUGGUAAUGAUAACCAAGUGUGUGACAUCAAACUAAGUUCUAGUGAUGGAUUACAGGCGGAAACAUCAAGAGGAAGUAGUGUGUAGGUCAGUCCAUUUAUGUGAAGUAUGCAAGUUUAACCAGACAGAAGAGAAGAAAAGGAAGAAAGAAAGCAGAAAUAUAGGCUUAUUAUAUACAUGUAUUAAAGAGAGAGAGGGAGAGUUGGGGGAGGGUUGUCGCAUUGGAUUUGAUAAUUGUUCAAGAUUAUAAUUUUCUUAUUCUCAAGAUGGCUCUGCAAUCAUUUAACUUUUGAAAUAAAAUGUUGGUGUUGAAUAUGUAGGCCUAUAUCAAAACAGUUUUUAUGAAUUCAUCUUGUAUUAGCCACAAUGAGGAUUACAUGUAUGUUAGGUCCUACUAGUGAGUGGUACAUUUCUAUUUAACCUCUGUGCGACAUGCAUGGAGAACACGUGUAUACUUUAUGAAGUAUUACUGUUACAGAAUUGUAUGCUAAACCGCAUGAUUGAUGUACUAUGUAGACUGUCCUUAUACUUGUUUACGCAAAUCCAUGAAAAACAGGUGAAUAGAAGUCAUCCUAAAUUUCAACUUUUCAACUUGGAUCUGGGGGAACGUUGUUCUUCCACUGAAGGAUGUUGGGAUGAAAAAGUAUUCAGAAAGUCUGUUCCAUAUACCCCCCCCCCAUCCUUUCUUCUUUUCUUCUGGAAUUUGCUAUUACACAGAGAGGGAUGGACAGGAAAUUUGCCUGUCUCUUUUGAUGAGCAUACCAUGUGGAAAGGGCACUUUUGCUUCGUGAUAUAGGCAUCUGUCACAUUCUGUUGGUAGAGAUGUCAGGGAACUAGGGCACAAACCUGCUUGGGUAAUAAGAAAGGGGAGAAUCACAUUGGUUGGUGGAUUACUUGAGUAUGUGUUUUUGAUUGGUGUUUUGGCUGGGCCUGAUGCCAU